AGAAACGAUGGUGCGGGACCUGAUUCGGUCGGCAGAGCACUCUGCCGGGGGUGUUCCGUCCCUUUCUCUGGUGAAAGGCCUUCUGGAAAGGGUGCAGCUCCAACGCUCCGAGUUCUUUCAUUGGUCGCCCGAACUGGCCCAGGGAUUCGGGCGCAUCGUCGUCGGUUGUGUGCGAUCAUUCKGUUUGUGGAGAGACGAAUCGAACGAGGAGACAGGAAACAGCGACAGCAGCAUCACGGAUGCUCCGAACAGGAAUUCGGAAAGCGUGGGAGUCAUGGUGAUGGAACUSUUGGCAAAUGURAUUSGGGAUUGGGAAGAUCACGUGCUGUAUGCGGCACUCGUCCAAGAUAAGAGCAUCAGCCAGAGGGGCAGUGCCGUCCAGAGCACCCACGAGACCUUGUUAGAUGCGCUAACGCUAUUGAGCGUCCCAUCGGACAACCGAAGGCGCUUGCGCUUGAAGAAGGAACACCGCGAAAGGAUCCGACAAACUUCAACCAUGUGUCUCGCUACGGCCUGGAGGUCUCUCGAUCGAUUGGAAUAUUUGACUACUCUAACGAACGGAGAUCACAMUAGAUCCACGUGGUGGAUAUCUGAUGAGCGGGCCAUGAAUUCACUCGCAGUGCGUUCGUUCCAAUCCCUGUUCCAGCUGUAUGGUUGUUCCAAGCACUACAGUUCUCAUGCCGAUCAGCAACGUUCGAACGAACACCAGAUAUCGGCAGCCUCCAGUCCAGACCAAGAGCGACAAAAGGUGGCCUCGCUGACCAUUCUUGUCAUCCUUUUACGGCAUCAAGUAUUGAAUGUAUCAACAUCACCAACAUCAGACAGUAUCUCAAGAUCUAGUACCAAUGAGGAUUGCGUGCUACCAGAGAGUAUUCUCACCGAACUCAUAUCGAAACUGAUCAAGGGAAUUCAAAUAUUGAACCACUCCAUCUUGCCACCCUCGUCCUCGGAACACACGUUGCCAAUCGCAAUGCUGUCAAUGUCGGCGUUGUCCUUGCUGCAAAGAUCGCUGACCAUAUCCGAACAUGCUUCCUUGUUUCGUGGCGUGGACCAGACGAUUCAGUCGACGGGUUUGGUGGAGAAUCUUGUGCAGUUCACCUUCUUCUCAACGUCGCGAUGGGUCUCGAUGGCUUCGAACCACUUUCAAAAGGACCGUCUCCAGUCGUUUGGCCUGCACUUGUUUUCCUGUUGGAAAUUUUGUGACGGUGCAGCUUGGAGGGCCGUGGUUGUCAACCUGGAACCGAAAAUUAGGUCGAUAGUAGCCGCRUUCUGGUCAAAUCUCUUGCAGACUGGCAGUACUCAUGAUCCAAAUCUAUCAUCGGGCGAUUGCAGCAACCUGCGAGGAAUUAUUUGGUUGUACAUCACUGUUCGUAACCACGCACGUUACAGCCUCGAUUCCGUCCUGGAAGACAUGCAUGCCGAUCCGAUAGAAGCAACGCAUUCGUUUCCUUCACAACGCAACAGUUCUAGUCACCGGAGUGUCAACAARAUGAAAGUGUUGAGAAAGAUAAUAUAUUCUCUGUUUGGCACCCUUCGUCUUUCAUCGGGUGCAUCAUAUUCCACACGAUUAAUGACAUCGAGAUUGCUCAGAAUAAUGCUCACUGAUAGGAGAUUUGCGUCUAGCAACGACGAAUUGUCGCGGUCUAUCUGGCGAGCCAUCGAUCAGUCCGUUAUCGAGGAUCACUUGGAGACUGUGUUGGAGCACGCCGACACCGAUGACACCAAUCAGCCUCUUCUCUUAACACUCGUAGAUACGAUGGAAACAUUGUUGGAAUACGAAGAGAAACGAAAUUACUUUGUUGACAACCUCGCUGCUCACAACCUCGAAACGCUAAUCUACCUCAUCAAACCCAGAGAUGUUCGAUACGAUUUUAGUCUUGGAGGAGACGACGUCGUGGGCAUUAACACAGAAACUCCGCCUCUUCACAAUCUAUCGAGAAUGGACGAAACCAGCAUCUGCAUUGAGCAYGAGGAAAYSAAAGAGCCCAAAGGAUUUGAUCAUCCCGUUCGAUUGUCUGUGGCAACAUCUCUUGCUCGAUUGGCAUACAGUUCAUCCACAGCACCCCCGAACGAAAGCAUAGCACUUUUAAUGUCCAGGAUUUCCUCCGCUGUGAACGACUUUUUGGUUGAAUAUCAUACUCGAAUUGAAGGGGGAGAAAUCGAACGAAACAUUGCGAACAAGACGAUCACGACAACACCAUCCWUGGACCAAACAAAGCGCUUCAUGCGCCUCCAACAGGCAUGUGCAACUCCUGAAAACGAAGAAUUUCUUUCGAGCAUUAUGUUUACUGGCAUGUCGCUGCACAGAAAGCAGAUUUCCUUCUUGGUUGAUGCACAAAAGGAAACCGAGUACAAUCUACAGAUGACACUGGAACGAGAGAAGAUAGCACAAGAGGAAAAAGUCAAGCACAUCCAGCGACUUGGUGUGCAAUCGGUCAUAUUUCAACGUGAGCUUAGUCGCGCAAAGUUGAAUAUGGAACAAGAUUCAAGACAGUUGAUAUCGAUGCAUGCUUCGGAACGUGCCAGUGCAGAAGAGCGUCUGAACGUCCUUCAACAAAAAGCGGAACAUGAUAAAUCAGAACUGGAACGAGUCAAAUCGGAGGCAGAAAGCACAAUCGAGGAGCUGCAGAAGACGAAGUCGAAGAUAGAGGAGCUGGAUGGAACGAUCGGAACGUUGCAACAGGAAUUAAAGGAUGAAAAGGCCAAGGCAAAAGAAAUCACUCAGGAACUCGAAACCAAUCGAGCAAGAAUUCAAGCUUUCGAGGAAAAAUGUGGCGACAUGCGAAGUACCGUGGAAGAAAAAGAGGAUACCAUUUCUCGAAUGGAAGACACAAACCAUCAAUUGCAAGACAAUCUCGAAGACUUGUUUGCAGAUAUGUGUAGCCUCGCACAAAUUCAUGAACACAACGAGAAUGAGGAAAACUCUCAAAAAUUAAAGAAUGCCGAGGAGAUUGAGGCAGUGAACCAAAAACUAACAACUGAGCGUCAAAGGAACGAAGAACUCGUCUCAAAAAUGAAAGAUGUUCAAGAGGAAAAUGACAAGUUAUACCGCAAACUGGCGAAGUACAAAGAAAGGUUGGAACUAGAACGCAGGAGCAGACGAGACGACCAAAAUAAAAAGAAGGAAGAGGAUGAUCGAAGGAAAAGAAGCGGGCCGGUUUCCUACAUCAACUCACUUCACACGUCGACCACAUCCGAUAUGACUCAAUCUCGGAGUAAAUCCAUGAGGUCUUCCCGGACCUCAUCUCAGCGUGCCCCUACCGGGUCUUCCCAGUACAAAUCACGCGAUCGAUCAAUGCGGGACAUGUCAAUGCGGGGCAUGUCAAUUCGUGAGCACAGCAUACGCGGCAAUAGUGACAAAUCGAUACACGAGAAAGAAAACAGCCAUGCUAGUAGCAAUCAUCCGCGGUCUAGCAGGUCCCAGCGAAGGCUAGAAUCCUAAUUCAGUAAUUGCCAAGGGUGGCAAGAUGAAUAGCAGGCAAAAAAUACAUUUUGAAAUAGAGA